AUGCCCGUGCUCGGGCUGGGCGUGUACCUGAAUGAAGACCCCGUCCCUGCCUGCCUAGCCGCGCUCAAGCACGGCUACCGCCACAUCGACUCUGCACGGAUGUACCGCAACGAGGCGGCGGUAGGGCGCGCCGUGAAGGAGAGCGGCGUGCCUCGCGAGCAGGUGUUCGUCACCUCCAAGAUCUAUGAUCCGGAGCACGGGUACGAGUCGACGUUGCGCGCGGUCCAGGAUUCGCUGGACAAAUUCGGGUUUAAUUACCUCGACCUCUACCUGAUCCAUUCGCCGCUCUCAGGCAAGACGAAGCGGCUCGAGACGUACAAAGCGCUCCUCAGGGCGAAGGAGGAGGGCAAGCUCAAGAGCAUUGGUGUCUCGAAUUACUCACCGAAACACAUCGACGAGAUCAAGGAGGCGGGGCUCGAGCUGCCAGCUGUGAACCAGGUGGAGCUCCACCCGUUCUGCCAGCAAAAACCCAUCGUCGAAUACUGCCGCGCGCACAACAUCGUCGUGCAGGCGUACUCGCCGCUCGUGCGGGGCAAGCUCGACGACGCGGUGAUCACCGCGCUCGCGCAGAAGUACGGCAAGACCCCCGCGCAGAUCGCGGUCCGCUGGAGCCUGCAGAAAGGCUUCGUCCCGCUGCCUAAAUCCGCGAACCCGGAGCGCGUCGUCGCGAACGCGCAGGUGUUCGACUUUUCUUUGGCGGAUGAGGACGUGGCGAAGCUGGACGCGCUGGACCGGGGCAAGGCCGGGGCGGUUACGUGGAACCCGGUCGACGCGGAGUGA